UGCGCUGCCCAGACUAGCGAACAAUACAGUCAGGAUGGCUAAAGGUGACCCCAAGAAACCAAAGGGCAAGGUAUCUACUUAUGCCUUCUUCAUGCAGUCAUGCAGGGAAGAACAUAAGAAGAAAAACCCAGAGGUCGCAGUCAAUUUUGCAGAGUUUUCCAAGAAGUGCUCUGAGAGGUGGAAGACAAUGUCCGGCAAAGAGAAAUCAAAGUUUGAUGAAAUGGCAAAAGCGGAUAAAGUACGCUAUGAUCAGGAAAUGAAAGAUUAUGGACCAGCUACAGGAGGCAAGAAGAAGAAGAAGGACCCCAAUGCCCCCAAAAGACCACUGUCUGGAUUUUUCUUAUUCUGCUCUGAAUUCUGCCCCAAGAUGAUAUCUACAAAUCCUGGCAUCUCCAUUGGAGAUGUGGCAAAAAAGCUUGGUGAGUUGUGGAAUAACCUAAGUGACAGUGAAAAGCAGCCUUAUAUUACCAAGGCUACAAAACUGAAGGAGAAGUAUGAGAAGGAUGUUGCUGACUAUAAGUCUAAUGGGAAAUUUGAUGGUGCCAAGGGUCCUGCUAAAGUUGCCUGGAAAAAGGUGGAAGAGGAAGAGAAGGAGGAUGAGGAAGAAGAGGAAGAGGAGGAGGAGGAAGAUGAAUAAAAACUCUUGUCUCCUUGUGAAUAACUUAGAGUAGGAGAGUGCCAUGAUUGACACAUCUCUAUUUGAGCUGUGUCUAUUGCCCUUGUUAGGUUUAAUUACAAGAUUUGAUCAUGAUCAUAUUGUACUUUCUCAAAGUGUCAGUGGUUUACAUGAAGUGGCCAUGGGUGUCCGGAGUGCCCUGAAACUGUAUCAAAGUUGUACAUAGCUCCAAACAUUUUUAAAAUGAAAAGGCACUCUCAUGUUCUCCUCAC